AUGGAAAAACAUCUGAUGUUUACUCCAAAUCACGUAAAUCCAGCCAUAACAGACUUCAAAAGAUACGAAGGGUUCUUCCCAGAGAUCAAUGAGAGUUCUUGUGAUCGUUUUUCGAUGGUAAAAGAGAAAGCAACGCAGAGUCCGGAGUCGUCUCGUAGUCUUACUUCGAGCUUCUCUUUCACUGAUGAUGGAUUAUCGAACGCCUCAUCUUCCUUCUCCAGUGGAGAAGAUAGUCCAGGAACGUCCAAGUUCAGUGAAAGUUUCACGAGUUUCUUUGAACAAACCAAAAACUUUCUCAAAACCCCCACGAAAGCUUCCAUCACCCGACCAAGYCCACGAAAGCCCCUAAAACCGAUGAAGAGCGCCAACGAAAGUGACCCAGACUUCAGAGGGGUGACACUGCAGAUGAAAACUAAAAUGACCAAAAGCAAGCACACUAAGAAACCCAAAGCUCAACUGGUCAUAGAUUGCUGUUUUUCUGCCAAAAAGAAAAAGCCUAUCACCUCUCCCGACGGGAAACCCUUGAGACGAAGAUCCUCUUCCCCCAAGUUCAACCCAGCUAUUUAUAGGCUAGGUCAGUCGACCCCAAKCUAUUUCACUAACGACCCGUGCUUCGAUCCCGAUUUGGGUGUGUCUCCGCUACAACUAGAGAAAGAGUGUGCAUCCUGUGGAGCCAUAAAGACACCCCUAUGGCGUGAUGCCGAGGACGGCACCCCUCUCUGCAACGCUUGUGGUAUCCGAUAUAAGAAGUAUCGAAUCCGCUGUCUGCAGUGCUGGUACAUCCCUAAGAAGGAAGAGAAGGCGUUGCCAUUUUGCCCCUGCUGUAGCCACUCGUUCAAGGUGAGCCUGACGAGAAGAGGUAGUGCUAACAGCAUCUUCGACUAAAAAG